GGAGGUGGAGAAUGUGACAACUGCUGGAUGCGGACAGAGUGUGUGCGGCUGGCUACAUUGCCUUUAGGGAGGCCUCGGCUCUUGCACCUGUCCCUCUCAGUCUCGGCGGCCAGGCGCAGUUUGGGCGAGAGCGACGCUCCUUUUUAUUUAUCAGGCAGGGCGCACCGCGGCGGAGGCGCACACACACGAUACUGUACGCACAUACAUACACACACAGGGCAGGCAGGCAACAUGACUUCAUCCUACAAUCUGGAUUUUCUGCCCGAUAUGAUGGUGGAGAGCCGCCUGCUUGUUCCCGGAGACAGAAUUAACGGCACGGCCGGUAAGAUGAACGGCGCGCUGGAGCACUCGGACCAGCCCGACCCGGACGCCAUCAAGAUGUUUGUGGGUCAGAUCCCGCGCUCCUGGUCGGAGAAGGAGCUGAAGGAGCUGUUCGAGCCGUACGGAGCCGUCUACCAGAUCAACAUCCUCCGAGACCGCAGCCAGAACCCUCCACAGAGCAAAGGCUGCUGUUUUGUCACGUUUUACACAAGGAAAGCUGCCCUUGAAGCCCAGAAUGCACUGCAUAACAUAAAGACCUUAACAGGGAUGCACCACCCUAUUCAAAUGAAACCUGCAGACAGUGAGAAAUCUAACGCUGUGGAAGACAGGAAGUUGUUCAUUGGCAUGGUGUCAAAGAAGUGCAACGAGAACGACAUCCGGGUCAUGUUCUCUGCGUUCGGACAGAUCGAGGAGUGCCGAAUCCUCAGAGGGCCAGACGGACUGAGCAGAGGAUGUGCGUUUGUCACGUUUUCCACCAGAGCUAUGGCACAGAAUGCAAUCAAAGCCAUGCACCAGUCUCAGACUAUGGAGGGCUGCUCGUCUCCCAUCGUGGUGAAGUUUGCCGACACCCAGAAGGACAAGGAGCAGCGGCGUCUGCAGCAGCAGCUGGCGCAGCAGAUGCAGCAGCUCAACAGUGCGACCACCUGGGGGAGCCUGACGGGCCUGGGGGGCCUCACCCCACAGUACCUGGCUUUGCUCCAGCAGGCAACCUCCUCCAGCAACCUCGGCGCCUUCAGCGGGAUCCAGCAGAUGGCCGGUAUGAGUGCUCUGCAGUUGCAGAACCUGGCCACUUUAGCAGCGGCAGCGGCGGCGGCCCAAAACUCAGCCAGUCCCUCCAACGCAAACCCCCUGUCCACCAGCGCCGCCUCCCUGGGAGCGUUGGCCAGCCCAGCACCGGGCAUAACAGCAAGCUCCAACGCCAGCGCCAUGAACUCUCUGACCUCUCUGGGCACCCUGCAGGGCCUGGCCGGCGCGACCGUGGGCCUGAACAACAUUAAUGCACUAGCAGGUAUGGCGGCUCUCAACGGAGGCCUGGGUGGCGCAGGGCUGACCAAUGGGACGGCGGGCACCAUGGACGCGCUGACGCAGGCUUACUCAGGGAUCCAGCAGUACGCCGCCGCCGCGCUGCCCACCCUCUACAGCCAGUCCCUGCUGCAGCAGCAAGGGGCCGCCGGCAGCCAGAAGGAGGGUCCUGAGGGUGCCAACCUGUUCAUUUACCACCUGCCCCAGGAGUUUGGAGACCAGGACAUACUGCAGAUGUUCAUGCCUUUUGGAAACGUGGUCUCUGCCAAAGUCUUCAUCGACAAACAGACGAACCUGAGCAAGUGUUUCGGCUUCGUCAGCUAUGACAAUCCUGUGUCGGCACAAGCAGCGAUCCAGGCCAUGAACGGCUUCCAGAUCGGCAUGAAGCGGCUGAAGGUGCAGCUGAAGCGCUCCAAGAACGACAGCAAACCGUACUGAUCUUAGCACUAGGGUCUAUCUGCUCCCCAUGUUAGCACUGCUAGGGUAAGUCCCCCCAUGAAAGGUGAAAAUGACAAACAAAAAAAACAGCAAACCGAGCCACGACCUCUCUGUACAGGGACUGGGGGGUGGGGGGGUGGGGGGUUGGGAGGGAUGUGGGAGGGAGGGGAAGACGACCUACAACCACCCUGAGGGAGACACACACGCCUUGUUUAUUUUUUUUUCUUGCUUUUUUGAAGAUUUUUAUGUUAGCUUUCAAGUAUUAUUAUUUAUUAAACAUUUUUUUGACACACAUGAACGCUUCCAUUACCGCCAUUACUUUGUGCAAUUUAUUUUCUUUUUUUUACAAUGGGAGGAAGUAGCUAUAUUGGGUAGCUUUUCUAAAAUUUUCUUCAGAAGUUUUUUUUAUUUCUCAGUGAUUAUUUAUACAUUUUUGAGGACUAGUUACAGUCAGAACUGAGGUAAAGACAGAGGAGCCAUGAUGAUUUUUAAGCCUGUUUUUUUCGUUUCUCUCUCUCGUUGAGGCCUGGCAAAGGGUUCUUUUUUUUUUUACGCGCACGCCGAAAUGCACAUUCGACCUUUGACCUCCGGUGUUGGGUGCAGGCCGCCGCUGCUUCUCCCCUCUAUGCCUGUUGGCAACCCGGGAGCAAAGGCUGCAAAACGACAGUGGCCUCUUUACAUUAUAGUCAGUAACACUCCACCAACAAAAGAAGAAGAAAAAACAACACUCCACACACACACCUUAUUAUUUAUGUGAAAAAAUACAGUUUUUUAUUUCUCAGAAGGUGACAAAAAAACAAAUAGUAACUACUUUUCUGGGUCAGAUCACAUUGGUCUUUGUUGUGAAAAAGGAUAUAACAGCACGUAGAGCAUUUUCAAAACAACAUCCAGAAUUUGAUGAAGACUAUAAUGAUAAUUCUAAUAAUAUAAGAGUUUAUGGAUUACGGUGGUAACUGCUAAUACUUGAUGUUUGUUGAGAGAUUUAAAAAAUAAUUCAAAGUACAGAAAGCCACAGGCCUGUAAAUUUUAUUUGUAAAAAAAGCAGUUCUAUUUUUAUACAACAUUUUUACUGCCUCAGAUAAAAAAAAGGAUUUUAUUUAUUGCCUAUCGUUAAGUUAUUGGACUCCUAUAAAGUAUACAGCAUCAUUAAAGUAGACCCUUGUGGAGAAGUCUCGUGGAAUUUGGGUUCUCCUGUGUUUUUUCAUGUUUUUUCAGUGCAGAAACCACAAUCACAACACACUCCGCUGCCAUUCGAACCGCAACCCCCCCCCCCUUCCCUCCCUGUGUCAUUUAUUCAUUCACACACUCUGUGCUGUUCAAUCAUCCGUUCAUCCAUCCAUCUCUCUUUUUACGCUCUCUCCCUCUCUCCGUCAGUAGUAGGACUACUUCUUCACUUGUCAAAUUUCUUCCUUUUUCCUCCCAAUUUUUUACUUUGAGUGUUUGCGUUUUUUGUUUGUACGUAGCCCCCCCCCCUUACCACACCCUUACAAAAAAUUUGAAAAUGUAAAAUAAAUAAAUAUAUUUUAAGUCCCCCUUCCCCCUCUCCCUAAAAAAUAUAAGACUAUUUUCUCCCAAAUGACAACAUCCAUCUGGGAUCUGAUGGAUAAAGCUUUGGGUGCUCUCUGUUUUGUUUUUUGUAAGUGUGUGUGUGUGUGUGUGUGUGUGUGUGUGUGUGUGUGUGUGUGUGUGUGUGUGUGUGUGUGUGUGUGUGUGUGUGUGUGUGUGUGUGUGUGUGUGUGUGUGUGUGUGUGUGUGUGUGUGUGCACGCGCAUUGUUAGUAUAGAACUAUAAUUCUAAUUAUAUCAUUUAAAAAAAAAGGAAAAAUCAAAGUAAAAAAAUUGCCAAUGAAUUCAGUGAGUUGUGUUGCUGUUCUGCCGGUUUGCAUUGUUGUUGUUUGUCGUUUGUUGUAAUUGUUGUUGUUUCUCCUGAUUUUCACAAAAAUGCUGUAGUGGUGUGGUGCUCUGGCUCUCUGUGUGUAACUCUCUCCUCUCCCCUGUUUUUUCUUUCCCCCUUUUAGAACAACCCAUCUCCAUGCCUGUUAGCUCAUCGUUUGCCUAGCAUGUCUCCGUGGCGUCCCAAAAAAAAAACUUUAAACAAAAACAAAAAAAUCCCCUCCAAAAAAAAGUGUCAUCGUCCUCCUCCCCCGUCAUUGUUUUUUCUGAUGUCUUUUCCGAGCUCACCUGAUCAUAACCUGGUUCUCCUCCUCCUCCGCUGCCUACUGACCUUUUGAACUUUUAGCUUUUUUGGAUUUUUAUGAUUUUUUUUUGUGUUUUUUUGCAUGUGACCUCAUUUGGAUCUGUUUUCUGGGGAGGGUUUCAGGGAGGCAACAAGGGAGGAGAGGGCAACAAAAUGAAUCAAUGUGAAAAAGAUAUAAAGCUGCAUUCAUAUGAAAAACAAAAAAGACUGAGAUUUUUAUGGAAAAACAAAUGUUCUUUUUGGAGAAAAAAAACCUGUGGCAAAGUGAUUUCCAUUCAGUAUGUUUUCCUGCAUUUUUUUUUUGUUUUUUGUUUCUUCUUCUUCUUCUUUAUGUCAGUUUUUUCUUUCUUUUAUUCUUCAUUUAAAGUAAACUUGAAAGUUCACUACAGGAAUUGGCGCGUCAUGUUGCUUCUGGCGCCGAUGAGAAACAGUCCGCCAGAAGCAGUCCCGCGCCAGUUUCUCUGAAAAAUAAGACUACUUCCAAACAGUUUUGAAUAAAAACUGUCUGAUCAAUAUUAGACUCUCUCAGAGCUCUCCAAUGGUUUUUACAUUUUUCAGGCAGUGUAAAGUUUUUUGAUAAGGCCAUUUUAAGUGGCUCUGUUUCUCAUUCAAAGUCUAUAUAUAGAACCACUUUUUUCUAGAGUAGUUUAAAGGUAAAAAUAAAAAAAGACAUUUGCCCUGUUUGGGUGGGAGAAAUGCUACCUACUUGUGUCACCUUUUGCUGAACUGACUCACAGAUAGACAAUCCGUGGUUUAAAUGCACAUGAUGAAAUGACCUAUAUUUUCUACUGUUUAAAUGUAUAGAGGAAAAAAAAUACUAAGAUACCUGUAACCUGCGUUAACGUCGGUGCUUCUCGUGAGUUUAGUUGUGGUUUCAUCACAAGUCUAACGGUCUUAAAUGUCUCAUGUUUUUCAAGAGAAGACUAAAAAAUCAGUUUACUUGAACAAUAGACAAAGCCUUUCAUAUUACUAUAAUAGUUACUUUGUUGAUUUGUUUCUUUUUGUUUCUUCUUUUUUUAAGGAGUCCCUAUUUGCUAAAUUUCUUGUUGGUUAAUUAGCUAUAUAAAAUUCCUAAAAAUAUAUAUAAAUAUAAAUAUAUCUAUAUAUAUAAUGUCAGCUUGUGAAGCAUCAAUGUCAUUAUUAUUUUAUUUCUCUUGUGGGAAACAAUAUUUAGAUGUGUUUUGUUGUUCAGCAAGAUGUCUUAUAAUGAAAAAAAGACAAGAUCAGUGGAGUUUAGUGCCAAAUUCUGAAGGUACUUCCUGCCUAGCGCGUCAGUGUAUUUCUUGUGAAAUUAUUUGAUAACAUGGGUAUUUUAUUAUAAGUGUUUUGUAUGGAUCCCUCAUAUUUAAAAAUAUAGAUUUAAAAAAGAGUUUGUUAACUUGCUAUUCUGUGGUCUUGUUGCCUGAAAAUGUCAUGUUUGCUUUCUUUCUUUGUAAAGAUGUAAAAAAAAAAAGUGCCCAUGUGUCAUAUAUAUAUAUCUAUAUACACACACACGGACACACACACACAUUCUCGUGCAGACCUCACAGUUUACUUUCUUGUUGUGCAUGAGAGCCCCUGAGUGUGAAAGCCUCGACAGCGACAGCUACCGCCCGCCAGCGUGCACAAACACACUUUAACACACACGCACUGAUAUUUUUAGCCAUUGUACAGCCGUUUUAUUCAUCAAAGCCUUAUCACAAAUCUUUGCACUCCUCUUCUCUCUCUAUUAGUAUCUCGCGCACACAGACAUCAGGCAUCUCUUCGUAUUGUUUGGAUCGUUUUCCUUCGAUUUGUUUCCCGCACACUGUCCUGCUCCUCAACCGAAAAAAGAAUAAUUGAGGUGAGAGUCAUACGUGAAGCCUUAUUUCUCUCAAAUCCUCUUAUGUUGGGUUAAAAACAUUUCUUAGACGGCGAGGAUCAUUACUUUCGUGUCCCACCUCAGACGAGAAUGCUAGCUUUCAUGAUGUAAGCACAGGGUAAGACUCGCCUGCACAAAAAACAAACCUCUAUCUCUUGAGGUAAAAAAAAAUAAAGCACACGCCGUCAUCGGGGGGAAAAAAGAGGCGGGACGGUCCGGAGCAAGUUUGAUUUCUUAUCCUUUCUUUUGUAAGUGGGACUUCUCCAUAUGUGUGGUGUAAUGGGCCAAAAUCAUGUUUAGAUGCCAAAGUGUGUUCUUGUAGUCGAGCCGUUUACAUGGCACAGUGUUGUCAGUCUAUUCAACUGCCCCCCAUCCCCCUCCCUGAAAGCCUAGUUUACGGUCUGCAAAAAAAAAAGGCAGCAUUAUUUUCUACAGAAGCUCACCAGUCGCCUUAACCAGGGAGCGUCGUAUCAGUAUUAUAAGAGUAGGAGAUGUUGUCAGUGAUGUGUGCCAAGUCUAGAUUCACUUGUGUGUGCAGUUAACUUCCCAGUCGUCAAAGUUUCGCUUAUCCGCCAUUUCCUCCGAUCGGAACAGAGUGGCGAGGCUGAAAUGACCUUGAGGAAGGACGCCGCUCUUCGUCUGCUUGUUGUCUCCCAAGCUAACCGGGGUUAUUAGAAGCACCGUCGUCUUAUUGGACUAGCGACAGGGGAAAUAAAGCACUUGUUGGUUGAAGAGGAAGGGUCACGUCCACACUGGCUAAACAACAGCGGAGAUGAAGGCUUUCAUAUCCUCUCAAACCCAAUACCAAACUUUAGGGAGGCGAGCAGACUAUUUCUUCCUAAAUGCAGUACUCAUGAGCCACAAACAGCCAUAACUACCUGUAUGAAAGCUGGUUAAUCAGUGUUAAUGGACCACUUUUUCUGACUCGCGCAUGUGCAGGGUUUUCGGAUCGUUUUCACGUCACCUCACUUUCGCACAAUUCCGAUAACUUUUAAGGUGGAGGCUACACAAUCUGCGCUACUCUAUAUAUGGCUGUGUGUGCGGGUUCAGGCGUUUUAAAUGUCCCCAAAAAAAUGUUGCCAAAUCUCACAGAGUUGCACACAGCCUGACGUCAAGUGUGAAGCAUCUUGUCUUUGUUUAAAUGUCGAAGCACAAAAGGGUCGUAAAGCAGAGUUCCUGUGGAGCGGCUCACCUCAGGGGCUGUCAUCGCCGAUGCUCGUUGUAAUCUUUCUAUCUUGUCACUUCUCUGUUCUCCUUCUUUCUUAAUUAUCUUAAGUGCUAUUUAUCAAACAAUGAAAUCUGAAAGGAAAAAAAAAAUUGAACUUGUCGUUUCUUUGCAUUAUGGCUUAUGUCAAAUUUUGAGGAAAAAUGUUUUGUGUCUUUCCGUGACGUAAAAAAAGAGCUUGUUGUCUGUAGAGAUUAUCCAAUUUCUUUUGUUGUUGUUUUUUUUUUGGUUUCUUUUAAUUCUCAAAAAGGUUUUCAGUAGUUUCAAAGUUAUGUCUUGAGAGAAGCCAAAGUCAAUGCAUUUCAGUGGAUCCUGUAAGCGUGAUGUAUGUUUGUUUGACAACACUUCGAAAUCUGUCACUGGAUGGGAUUUAAAAAGUACAAAAAAUGCAGGCUUUCCUAUUUCUACAACUGAUUGUACUUAUGCAUUUUGUACCAGUGGAAUUUUUUAUACUGGAGAUUAAAGGAUACAACAAAAAAAUCUUAGAAAAAAGCUGUCUGGCCUGGUGGUGUGGCCUGACCCUGACUGGUCCCCGAGUAUGAUUUCUAGCUGGCAUCAAGAACGUUGGCUUUUGAUAUAAGAUUUUCUAGAAGAUCUUUGGCUUUAUUUCUUUCACUUCUUUUUCCUCACUUGAGUGUUGUUCUUUCUUUCUUUCUGCCUUCCUUUCAGUCUUUAUUUCUUUCCGAAAAACAGAGUGUAGGUGAGUGUCAGAUCUUUCAUUUUUGCUUUUUAAAUAGUUCUAGCGAGUUUGUCUAUACAACAGCGGUAAGUUUCAUUUGACUUCUGUAUUGUGCCGUCUACACGAUAAGACAAUUAUAGAAAAAGAAGGUAUAGAAAUAUUUAGUCACCUUCAGUGGAUUAAUGUAUUAGUUUAAUGAAGAGAUCAACUAAUUAGAAACGUUUUGCUUUUAGCUGUUUAGAUUUUUCCGGUUUCUCUGUCCUUCUCUGUGAACCAACUGUGUAGCUGAAGCAGUCAGAAUUAUUUUUGUAAACGUAUGUUCUUGUGUGAUGCAGUUUUUUGCUUCUGUCUCCUAUAUUAAACCAUUUUUCCUAA